UAUACACCGUCUCAGCACAGAUGGUUGGCGGAGGCCUCCAACAUUACGGCUAUACUGCGCUCUGCACUUCUAGCACUGCAGCUACUGCAGGCGCUGCGCUUAAUGCACCGCUCUCCUCUGGUGCCCAAGGGCUUAUGAGGAUUUGACGUUGGGGGAUUAGCGGACACAGAGACACAGACACGAACUCGACCUAGAAUCAAACGACAAUGAGCUGUACUCGAACUCGGGGCUGAAACGGACCUCUGCUCCUCGCAUUGCUUUCCAAGGCUGAGCCGAUAUGAGUCAGUUUCGGUCACUAGCUGGUGUCCUACGGGGCGGUGGCCUGUGGAUGCUGGGUCGUAAUGCGCCAGGGAGAGGCUGUUCCUCUCGGGUCACUCAGCUGUCACCAUCAGUCCUCAGCUCCAGCUAUGUGGAGGAGAUGUACUAUGCAUGGCUUGAAGACCCCAGAAGUGUUCAUGAGUCUUGGGAUGCCUACUUUCGCAAUGCCCAGGCCAGCAGUCCAGUUGGGGAAGCAGAAGAGAGGCGUCCAUCCAUGCUUCUACAGGGUCGAGCCAUGUCCCAGACACCUGCCAUGUCCCUGAAGGUGGUCGAGGAUCACUUAGCUGUCCACAAUCUUAUAAGAGCCUACCAGAUCCGAGGCCAUCAUGUGGCUCAACUGGAUCCUCUCGGCAUCCUUACAGCUGACAUAGAUUCUUUUGUCCCCUCAGAUUUGAUAACAACCAUUGACAAGCUUGGGUUCUAUGGCUUGGACGAGUCUGAUCUGGACAAGACCUUUCAGUUACCAUCCACAACAUUUAUUGGAGGUCAUGAAACCACACUUCCACUCAGGGAAAUCAUUCACAGGCUUGAGACAUCAUACUGUGGUCAUAUUGGCAUGGAAUUCAUGUUCAUCAACAACGUAGAACAGUGUCAGUGGAUCCGCCAGAAAUUUGAGACUCCGGGAAUCAUGAAAUUUACUGACAGAGAGAAGAGGACACUGCUGGCCAGACUUGUGCGCUCAACUCGUUUUGAGGACUUCCUGGCCCGCAAGUGGUCUUCAGAGAAGCGCUUUGGCUUAGAGGGCUGUGAAGUCCUUAUACCUGCCUUGAAGAUGAUCAUUGACAGGUCGAGUGCAGCUGGAAUAGAGAGUGUAAUCAUAGGCAUGCCCCACAGGGGUCGACUGAACGUGCUGGCCAAUGUUGUUCGGAAAGAUCUUGAUCAGAUAUUCUGCCAGUUUGAUCCCAAACUUGAAGCUGCAGAUGAGGGCUCAGGAGAUGUGAAGUAUCACCUGGGUAUGUACCAUGAGCGAAUCAACAGGGAGACAGAUAAGAACAUCACUCUGUCGCUCAUGGCUAACCCCUCUCACCUGGAGGCAGUGGACCCUGUAGUGCAGGGCAAAACUAAAGCAGAGCAGUUCUAUAGAGGAGACACUGAAGGGAAGAAGGUGAUGUCUAUUCUGAUGCAUGGUGAUGCAGCAUUUGCUGGUCAAGGAGUUGUCUAUGAAACCUUCCAUCUCAGUGAGCUCCCCUCAUACACCACUCUUGGCACCAUCCAUGUUGUUGUCAACAAUCAGAUUGGCUUUACCACUGAUCCGCGAAUGGCACGCUCUUCUCCCUACCCCACUGAUGUGGCUCGCGUGGUCAAUGCACCCAUCUUCCAUGUCAAUGCUGAUGACCCUGAGGCUGUGAUGUAUGUGUGUAGAGUGGCUGCAGAGUGGAGGAGCACCUUUAACAAGGAUGUGGUCAUAGACCUGGUUUGUUACCGGCGCUUUGGCCACAAUGAGAUGGACGAGCCCAUGUUUACUCAACCUCUGAUGUACAAGCAGAUACGCAAGCAAGAGCAUGUGCUGAAGAAAUAUGCAGACAAGCUCAUCUCUGAGGGUGUGGUUACUCUGCAGGAGUUUGAGGAGGAAGUGGCCAAGUAUGACAAAAUCUGUGAAGAAGCAUACACUGCCUCCAAAGAUGAGAAGAUACUACACAUCCGCCACUGGCUAGACUCACCUUGGCCAAACUUCUUCACAGCUGAGGGUGAACCAAAGUGUAUGAGCUAUCCCCCUACUGGGCUGACUGAUGAGGUCCUGAAGCACAUUGGCGAGGCUGCCAGCUCCGUCCCUCUGCAGGACUUCUCCAUUCACAGUGGAGUUUCGAGGAUCUUACGAGGCCGGGCUGACAUGGUUAGUAAACGUACAGUGGACUGGGCUCUGGGGGAGUAUAUGGCCUUUGGCUCUCUGCUGAAAGAUGGAAUUCAUGUGAGACUGAGUGGGCAGGAUGUGGAGAGAGGAACCUUCAGUCACCGUCAUCAUGUCCUGCAUGACCAGGAAGUGGAUAAACGAUUUUGCAUCCCACUUAACCAUCUGUCGCCGGACCAAGCCCCUUACACAGUGUGCAACAGCUCUCUGUCUGAGUAUGGAGUGUUGGGUUUUGAGCUGGGGUUUGCUAUGGCUAGUCCCAAUGCUCUUGUGUGCUGGGAGGCUCAGUUUGGGGACUUUCACAACACAGCACAGUGUAUCAUUGACCAGUUCAUCAGUUCAGGCCAGGCCAAGUGGGUCCGGAACAAUGGCAUUGUCCUGCUACUGCCCCAUGGUAUGGAGGGAAUGGGCCCAGAACACUCGUCAGCACGACCUGAGCGUUUCUUGCAGAUGAGCAAGGAUGACCCUGAUCGCUAUCCGGAGUUCACUGGUGAUUUUGAGGUCCAACAGCUUUACGACUGUAACUGGAUCGUGGUCAACUGCUCAACACCUGCCAACUACUUUCAUGUGCUGAGGAGGCAGAUCUUAUUACCAUUUAGAAAGCCUCUAAUUAUUUUUACUCCCAAGUCCUUGCUGAGACUCCCUGAGGCCCGUUCCAGUUUUGAUGAGAUGACCACAGGAACUAAGUUCAGAAGAAUCAUACCAGACGAGGGUCCUGCAUCUAAAAACCCAGGCAAAGUGAAGAGAGUCAUCUUCUGCACUGGUAAAGUCUACUAUGAGCUGGCAAAAGAGAGAAAGCAGCUCAAACUAGAGGAUACAGUGGCAGUAGUCCGACUAGAGCAGAUAUCACCAUUUCCUUUUGACCUCAUCAAAGCUGAAGUUGAGCUUUAUGACAAUGCUGAGAUGAUAUGGUGUCAGGAAGAGCAUAAGAACAUGGGUUAUUAUGACUAUGUAAGGCCACGCUUUCUCACUGUGCUGUCCAAUAAGAAACCAGUGUGGUAUGUUGGCCGUGACCCUGCUGCAGCCCCUGCCACAGGAAACAAGUUCACUCACCUGGCAGAGCUCAAGAGGUUCAUGGACACUGCGUUUGACCUCAGUGCCUUUGAGGGCAGGAGCUUUUGAUGCUGUUGAAUCAGCUACUUUAAGCUUUCAUUAGACUUAGCCAUUUUAACCUCAUGUAUGCCUUGCUCACAACGCACAAUACUUGCUCACAUGUAGCAUUAGAAUAAUAUUAUAUCCAUUCAGAUUUUCACUGUUAUUCUAAUCUCAGAUACUGUAGACAAUCUAUUUAAUACAUGCACUAGUGUAGCAGAAAGCAUAAUUUUGCAUAAUAGAUGUAUAAGUACAAUCUUAGAAGAAACCUUGAGUACCUAACUGGAAUACAUGCAGGUUAACACUGGGAUCACCUGGGGUUCUCUAUCACAGAGCUUUUUAUGGAAGAUGGGAUCUUGACUAAGUCAUAUUCUUACUUCCUUAUCUCUCUUCACUUACUGUCACACCUGGCUUCAUCCGGAGACAUCAAACAGAUGGCAUAGCGACAAGUAGCAAUGUUCUCUGUGGCUGCCACAUUAUUCUCUGUUGCCACCAAUACACUCUUCCUUUUGGGACUAUAAAAUACUUUGAGGAUUCAGUAAUGGGAAUGUACCACAUGUUGGUAUAAAAAGAGGAUAUAACAACCAAAGAAAAGAAUCAGCGCAUUUUAGAAAUCCUGUAUCACACUAGACUAUACUCUACAGCAGAGAUAUUUCAUAAAUUGAGCAAUACAGUAAUAUACUGAAUACAGUUUAUACAGUUUAACUGAAUACAGUUUAUACAAAUCAUAUUCAAAUGUUUAUUAUAUAAUUUAUUGUAUUGCCACUGUCUGUCACCAAAUGGUCAUCCUAUAUAAAUCCUAUCCUAAAUAAAUUACUGCACUUACACCUUUAGCACAUGAAUAGAAACAAAGCACUAAUGAUUGUUUACAGUUAUGCGGACUGUGCUGUAUAUGUACUUAAGCAAUAAUACAUGAGAUAUGCAGUUUCUACCUUUGGAGGUUGUAAGUAGUUAGCCUAGGGAAUGUAAGCUUAGUAGAAUAUUAAGUAAUCCCAUAACUAACAAAGAGAUGUGAAGAUAAAGGAGUUAAAUAAAACUUAAAUUAAAAAACUUAAAUAGUUUGGAUCAACAACUUGCACUCCAGUAACAUGUACCAGAAUACAGCAUUGGCUACUUCUUAGCACGGCUUAGUAACAAUACUUGGAAUACUUGCACUAAUUGAAUAAAGAUAGUAUCACAAACCA